UCCCCCUCUCUCUCUCUCUCUCUUGACUCAGAGCAUGGCGGCGGUGGUGACUACGCGGGCGUGUGAGACCGAGGGCUGCAGUAAAGAAGCCAAACUGCAGUGUCCCACCUGUAUUAAACUCGGGAUACAAGGCUCAUAUUUCUGCUCUCAGGAAUGUUUCAAAGGCAGCUGGGGUACCCACAAACUGCUCCACAAGAAAGCAAAAGAUGACAAAAAGAGUGAGGAAAAUAACUGUGUGGAGAAAGAGGUCAACACAGAUCCCUGGCCUGGAUACAAGUACUCUGGGAAGCUGCGACCUCACUAUCCUCUGACAUCCAUGCGUCCUGUUCCAGGGCACAUUCAGAGGCCGGACUAUGCUGAUCACCCGCUGGGUAUGUCCGAGACGGAGCAGACCCUUAAAGGGACUUCACAAAUUAAGAUCCUUAAUCCUGAAGAGACUGAGGGCAUGAGAAUCGUCUGUAAGCUGGCGAGAGAGGUUCUCGACAUUGCUGCCAUGAUGGUAAAACCUGGAGUGACGACAGAAGAGAUUGAUCAUGCUGUACAUCUGGCAUGCACAGCACGGAACUGCUAUCCGUCUCCCCUCAACUAUUAUAACUUUCCAAAGUCCUGCUGUACUUCAGUUAACGAGGUCAUCUGCCAUGGAAUACCAGACCGCCGCACCCUACAAGAGGGGGACAUCCUUAAUGUGGACAUUACUGUUUUCCACAAUGGUUACCAUGGAGAUCUGAAUGAGACCUUUUUUGUCGGUGAGGUGGAUGAUGGGGCAAAAAGGCUGGUCCAGACUACAUAUGAAUGUCUUAUGCAAGCUAUUGAUGCUGUAAAGCCUGGUGUACGUUACCGGGAGCUGGGAAACAUUAUUCAGAAACAUGCGCAGGCUAAUGGAUUUUCUGUAGUGCGAAGUUACUGUGGGCAUGGCAUCCACAAACUCUUUCACACAGCACCCAACGUGCCACAUUAUGCAAAGAAUAAAGCUGUUGGAGUGAUGAAACCAGGACAUGUCUUCACGAUUGAGCCCAUGAUCUGUGAAGGUGGUUGGCAGGAUGAGACAUGGCCAGAUGGUUGGACAGCUGUUACUCGAGAUGGGAAACGCUCUGCCCAGUUUGAACACACACUUCUGGUGACCGAAACAGGUUGUGAGAUUCUCACUCGUCGAUUGGAUGAAAACGGUCGUGCUCACUUCCUGUCACAGAUGUAACAUGCUCGGGUGAGAACACAGGCCCUUCCAGCAGUGGACACAUCUGCUCCGCCCCUGUCACUGAUCAGCCAAUCACGUUGUGGUUCUCUGUUGGGCAGAAGAUUAUUGGCCAAGUGGCCAUAGUAAUGGAUUGUCUGAUUGGGCGAGAAGUGCAGAUUUGUUUAUUUAUGAAUUCGUCAUCUGAACAAUCGUAGGACUCAACUUGGAUUUAAUCAGACUGGAAGGCACUGACCUUCGACCUGCUUGCAGUGCCACCACCGUUUGUUUGGAAAUUUUGUGUGUGUGUGUGUGUGUGUGUGUGUGUGUGUGUGUGUGUGUGUGUGUGUGUGUGUGUGUGUGUGUGUGUGUGUGUGUGUGUGUGUGAAUAAGUACACAUUCUUUAAUGAAUGAGCAGUGUGUAAGUUCAAGAUAGUGUGUGUCCAAGUAUGAAUGGUAAGCCAUGUCAUGUGUUUCCAAAUGAUACCAAACAGACUGAUUAAUCAAAUCUUAUUGCAUUUUUCUCUUUCCAUUCUGGUUUAUCCCCAAAUACUCUCCGUUUACAAAAGAGUGCCUCACUACACACAAUGUCUCAAGUUCUACCAGAGUGCAUCAGACCCAUCUGUUGUGAUUUGUUUAAAUAUAAAUGAUAUGUGAGGGUGUAAUUCAUUUGUUAUUGGUUACUGUCGUACAGAACUGGUCUGCAGGGUUGAUCUUACAUUGCUAGGUUAUUGGUCAUUGGUGCUCAGUGUGUGUCUAAAACCCAGUCAAACCCAUUUCAUUGAUCUGCCUUUCACUGAUUCAAGUUGUAUUAAAGCAGAUUUGCCCUGUG